UCUUAAGUGGUUUCGGAACUAACAGUAUUAUUCCCCUUUUGAAAUAUUUCUUAAGUAACUUACAUUCAGUCCCAAAAAAGACAUGUUCAAAUCCGUUUUACUUUUGUUACUUGUUGCUUACCUUGUAAAGCCAGCGGAUCUUGGUGAUUCUGACUGGUCUUCACAUUCAAAUAGUGAAGAAGAUUACAAUCCAGAUGAAGAUUCAAACAGUGAAGAAGACUCCAGUUCAGAUGAAGAUGAUGAUGAUUCAAGCUCAAACAGUGAAGAAGACUGCAGUUCAGAUGAAGAUGGAGAUGAAGAUUCAAGCUCAAAUAGUGAAGAAGACUCCGAUUCAUCUUCUACUUCAAGCAGUAAAGAAAACCAUGGUGGUAAACAAGAAAAAUCAGUAGUGUGCUACUUCACAAACUGGGCUUGGUAUCGAAGUGGUAUAGCGAAGUUUAGACCAGAAAAUAUAACUGCCUCCCUAUGUACUCACAUCAUAUACGCUUUUGCUUCCCUGGAUGAAACAACUCUGACCAUAGUUCCAUCUGACUCUUGGGCAGAUAUUGACAAUAAAUUCUUUGAAUUGGUAACUGCACUCAAAGAGUAUGGACUGACAGUACUGAUCGGUAUUGGAGGAUGGAACAACUCGGCAGGCAACAGGUGGAGUAGACUUCUCAGUAACUCCACAGCACGAACAGCUUUUGUUGCAUCUGUCAUCACUUUCAUGAAGAAGUACAACUUUGAUGGUCUGGACAUGGAUUAUGAGUAUCCUGGUUGCCCUCAGGGCAAUAGAACAGCGGGUCUCCCGACUGACUCAGAAAACUUCAACUGCCUUAUGUCUGAAUUGAAAACUGCCUUUGAAGAGAAAUAUUUGCUCACAGCUGCUACUGCUGGUGGCAAAAAACUUAUCGAUGAGUGUUAUAACAUGAAAGAACUAUGUCAGAUUGUUGACUGGGUGAACGUGAUGGCAUAUGAAUACCACAGUUCCGCAGAUGGGGAGACAGGAGCCAACGCUCCUACUUGUGGUACCAAUUCUUCUUGGGGUGCGGUCGAAACUAUCAAGUAUUACAUCAAUGAGCUGGAAUGCCCUGCUGACAAGAUUGUGUUGGGGAUACCGUUCUAUGGUCAGACCUUCACAAUGGUUGACACUUCCCCAGCACAGUUUGGCGUACCGGUUUCUGGCCCUGGCACAGCAGGCACUUACACCAGCAAUGCAGGCACUCUCGCAUACUAUGAGAUUUGCCUGCUGAUAAAAAGCGGGUACAACUAUGGCUACAGUCCAAUAAAUGACAGUUACGCAUGGAGUGGCAAUCAGUUCAUCAGUUAUGAUAGCCCUACGGACAUAAUCAGAAAGUCUUGCCUUAUAAAUAAGUGGUUUAAUCUAAAAGGAGCUAUGUUUUGGACUUUGGACUACGAUGACUUCAGUGAUGCUUGUGGAUGUGGAAGCUACCCCUUGUUGACUACUCUGAACCAAGAGCUGAGAUGUCUAAAUUCCUCAAGAAUCCAAUGUUACUGAUUCUCCAGCAUUAAUUACAGCAGAGAUUGUUACAACCAAUGGAAUAAAGUGUUUGAAUCAUG